GCUGUACUGUAGGACGCCUUCCUGAACGCUAGGUGGUAGUGCUAGCACUUUAGAAAAUGUGCGAUUGAUCAUUUUCAGAGAAGAAGAGAAGAAGAUUCAUGACUGCUGCAACGAAAAAGCAGCUAUUCUGACUGCAGCGGCGGUUUGCUCUUUUGCCGUUUGAGCAGUGUCAUUCCAAGGAUUGGAAACAUAAUGGACCAGAAAAGUCUAAACAACCCGUAUCCGGACUAUGAUGGGAAUCCUGGCUGUUCCCAAGGGCUGUUUGACUCUGAUGGCAUGCUCACAGCAGAGUUUGCCCAGCGGUUGAGUGGUAAAAUCAGUGAGUUAGUAGCAGUCAUGGAGAAUGGACUCAAGUCAGCUGACCCCAGAGACUGCACCAGUUACACCGGAUGGACGGGUAUAGCGCUUCUCUAUCUGCACUUGCAUGAAGUGUUCGGGGAUAUCUCCUUCCUGCAGAGGGCGCUAGUGCACGUGAGCCGCAGCCUGAAGUGUUUAACUCGGAGGCACGAUGUGACGUUUCUAUGUGGCGAUGCUGGGCCGCUGGCCGUGGCUGCAGUGGUGUACCACAGACUGCAGAGGGCGCCAGAGGCUGAGGAGUGCGUCAGCAGACUCCUCCAGCUCCACCAGAGGGUGGUGAAGGGUUCUGGGGAUCUUCCUGAUGAGCUGCUGUACGGCAGGGUGGGCUACCUCUCCUCCCUUCUCUACGUCAGCCAGCAUCUGGGCCAGGACAGGGUCCCUACCCAGUACAUCCAGCAGAUCUGUGAGGCUGUGUUGGUGUCAGGGGAGAGUCAGGCCCGAAGCUUUCACGUCCAGGACCAGAGUCCUCUGAUGUACGAGUGGUACCAGGAACAGUACGUAGGCUCCGCUCACGGCCUUUCUGGAAUCUACUACUUCCUCAUGCAGCCGGGGUUCGUGGCGGGUGAGGAGCAGGUCGGCAGGCUGGUCAAGCCCAGCGUGGACCACGUCUGCCGCCUCAAGUUUCCCUCAGGGAACUACCCUCCCUGCGUAGGCGACACCCGCGACCAGCUGGUGCACUGGUGCCACGGCUCCCCUGGCGUGGUGUACAUGCUCCUGCAGGCCUACAAGGUGUUUGGUGAGGCCCGGUACCUGGAGGAUGCGGUGCAGUGUGGGGAGGUGGUGUGGCAGAGGGGCCUGCUGAAGAAAGGCUACGGCCUGUGUCACGGCGCAGCAGGGAACGCCUACACCUUCCUGGCCCUCUACAAGCUCACCCACGACCCCAAACACCUAUACAGGGCAUGCAUGUUCGCAGACUGGUGUAUGAACUACGGAAAACAUGGAUGCCGCACCCCAGACACCCCAUUCUCGCUCUUUGAAGGCAUGGCCGGCACCAUCUACUUCCUGGCUGAUCUUCUGCAGCCAAUGAAAUCAAAGUUCCCAGCCUUUGAGGUGUAAAGUCUCUCUCACAUGAGUCAGAAUCAAGGUGGGGUAUCCGUUCCCACAGUAUUUCCUCAUUCAGCUGAUUGGUUGGUAAGUCUCAGCAGCUGAUUGGUGCGUUUGAGCGAAUCAGACUGGAAGAUCUAGAGUUUACUAAUCAGCUGUUCCCAUAGUGCAUGUCACACUCCAUCCCAUAAUAUAAGUAUAAAUAAUUGAUUAGCCUGAUUAGAAAGAAUGUGCAUUGUGUAAGGAAAAGGCAAUUCUCAUCAUUUUUUCAUUUAGUUUACAUAUACAGUA